AAAAUUCACUUUUUUUUACAACAAAAUUACGCACUUCAUCCGUACCGGUUACACGUAACGAACAAACUAUCGAAUACCGCGAAAACUUUAACAUUUCAAACAACUAUCGAUAUAUCGAUACGAUUCGAUUAGCAUGGCCAUCUUCUAUUGGUUACAUGGAAAUGACAUGUGAUCUCUCUAAGCAAGACGUGUUGGUGAGGUUAUUGAUAUUUUUUAUUCACAAAGGAGAAUGAAUAUAUCUUCGUUUUUGCGGACAACACAGACUGCAUUAUCCCUCCAUAGGAAUUUCAACUGUUGGACAGCGGCAAUAACAAAAAAGCAUAGGAAAUUGUAUUUCAAUACAUAUCCUACGUAUCUCGUUUUACCAGACGGUAGAAGUAUUACCAUUGAUUAUGAAGAACCAAGAAAAAUACUCACCCUUCCUCUUAAUAUAGAAACUCUUUCUGCAGAGGAACGUAUACGUAGGCUAGAAAAACGUAAGCCUGUAACGAAAGUAAAGAUAAUGGAGGAAUACCAGGAUGAUUUUGACGAAACAAAGUUCUUCUAAUUUGCAAAAUAGUAUACUUAACUGUGUUAUCAUUUAAAUACUACGUACAUUACACAGAGGACACGCCACACUUUUAUGUACACAAUGUAGAUAUGCCUAAGUUCAUGUAAAAUAUAAUGUAUUUGUUCAAUUGUUUAUACCAUUUCGUUCACAAUAAGUUGCAAACUGUCGAACCAAUUUGUAUUGUAAUUUCAUUAUGUAUUAAAUAA